AUGGGGUCGAGAUGGGCGGUUGAUUCGGAUCCGAUUGUUUUUACGUCGUCUGCUGGGAAGCCGCGGGGAACUGGGGUGGUGGGGUCUGUUCAGAAGGAGAAUACGAUUACGAUUGACAGUGACGACGACCAUGGAAACGAUACUGGGAAGGGCCAGGAUAAGGGCAAAGGCAGAAGACGAGGUGACGAGAUAGAAGACUUCAGUGACCAGCUCUUCAGCCGGAUGUCGGAUAUGGAUGAAUUGAUGGAGAUUGCUGAGCGGCCGAAACCCACUGCUUCAUUUUCAAAUCGGACGGCGAGUUUGCUGGCUCGUCUCGAGGAAAGGACGAGUAGUGCAGGUGCAGGAACAACAAAAAAGACUACGGCUCGCUCGCGAAAGGGAAAGACAACUACUGUGGAGGAACAUGUGGACAUAAACGUGGACGACCUCGAACCACCACAACCCAAAUGCAAAACCACCAAACCAACACAAGACAAAGAAGGCAAAGCCCGCUCUCGCGAAGCAAACAAGGCAGCACGAGAACGUGAGCGCGAGGCUGAAAAAGAACGCAAAGCCAGAACCAAAGAAGAAAAAGCCAAGGAAAAGCAAUUGGCCGCGGACCUGGCGCAGGUGAACAAGUCCAAGGUUGACAAGAAGGAAUCAACGCCAGAGAUGAUUGUCGACUUUGAUAAGUCGCUGGAGGGGUCUAGCGUGGGCAACCAAGCUGUCGAAUUCAUGAAUCGGCUGGGCGUUGAGUAUACAUUUUCCGAGAACUCGAUCCGGGGCCUUGUCAAAUGGCGACGGAAGGUCCAAGCCACAUACAAUGAAGCCCUAGGAUACUGGGAACCGUGCCCCCUACGCAUCGAACCAGAAAAACACAUCCUAUGCCUCCUACCAGCCCAAGAAUUCGUGGUCAUGGUAACAGCCCCCGAAACCUCCCCCUCCACUCUACAAAACCACGUCCUACAUCUCAAACAAACCCACCCCGACGCCAAACCAAUCUACCUCCUCGAAGGCCUAACAGCCCACAUGCGCAAGAACCAAAACGCCCGCAACCGCGCCUACCAAGCCGAAGUCCGCCGCCAACUCGACCCCUCUACCACCACCACCUCGCGCCGCAAAAACCAACCAGAGCCACCAUCAGUAGACGACGACACCAUCGAAGACGCCCUCCUAUCCCUGCAAAUCCACCACAACGCCCUAAUCCACCACACCUCCGCACCCCCCGAAUCAGCCGAAUGGCUAAAGACCUUCACAGAACAUAUCUCCACAAUCCCCUAUCGACUGGAACUCAUGCAGGGCAAUGACUCUGCGUUCUGUAUGGAUGUCGGACAGGUGAAGACGGGGGAGGAUCGGAGGGAUACUUUUGUGAAGAUGUUGCAGGAGGUUAAUCGGGUGACGGCGAGUAUGGCGUAUGGGGUUGUCGAGAGGUAUCCGAGCGUGGGGGAUUUGGUGGGGGGGUUUAAAGAUAAGGAUGGGGGGGUUGGGUUGUUGGAGGAUGUUAAGAAAUCGGCGAAUAAAAACGGUGCCCUGACGGAUUCGAGAAUUGGACCGGCGGUUAGUAGGCGGUUGUAUAAGGUGUUUAUGGGGCUUGAUCCGGCUUCUACUGAGAUUUAA